GCGGAGUGAGUAAAGAUGGGUCGGAAAUUAAGCAGGCGCCUCAGCUCCCCGCAUUGGCGGGCUCGGCCACGGCUCAUCCCAUCGCUUCCCACAGCAAAGUUCACUACCCCGAGCAUGGCCAGGGCGCUCGGGCGGUUCGGCCCGCUCUGGGCGGGGGGCAGCAGGCGACACCCCGGGAGCGCUACACUUACACAGCAGGAAUUGAAAAGCUCUUUCUCCGUGCAAGCAAAAAUGCCUCCUUGUGACUUUUCACCCGAAGAAUAUGAGUCCUAUUCCUAUGAGCGUAUGCUGAAGAUCCGCAAACAGAAUCUGUCUCCAUCACUGCAAAUGUACUACAAGAAACCACUGCUGCUACAUCAGGGACAUAUGCAGUGGCUGUUUGAUUAUGAGGGACGAAGGUACCUUGAUCUCUUUGCUGGAAUUGUUACUGUCAGUGUUGGUCACUGUCACCCGAAGGUAACUGCAGCUGCCCAAAAACAGCUUGGUCGUCUGUGGCAUACAACCAACAUCUACAUGCAUCCAUCAAUCCAGGAAUAUGUGGAAAAACUAACAGCACUUCUCCCUGAUCCACUUAAGGUGGUUUACCUGACUAACAGUGGGUCAGAAGCCAAUGAUUUGGCUAUGUUCAUGGCAAGGGUUUAUACUCGUAACUUUGACCUCAUCUGUUUCAGAGGAGGAUACCACGGAGCCAGUCCAUACGCACUGGGCUUGACGUCCAUUGGCUCUUAUAAGCAUGGUGUCGCCAAUGGGUUUGGCUGCCAAACAACAAUGUUACCAGAUGUUUUUCGUGGUCCUUGGGGAGGAAGCCAUUGCCGAGAUUCUCUGGUGCAAACUAUUCGGAAAUGCAGCUGUUCUCAAGGCUGUUGUGAAGCAAACGACCGGUACAUUGAACAGUUCAAAGAUACUCUGAGUACUUGUGUGCCAAAGGCAAUAGCUGGGUUUAUCGCUGAGCCAAUUCAGGGUGUUAAUGGAGCCAUUCAGUAUCCUAAAAGAUUUCUAAAGGAAGCUUUUCAGCUAGUGCGUGAAAGAGGAGGUGUCUGUAUUGCAGAUGAAGUCCAGACAGGGUUUGGACGAACUGGCAGCCAUUUCUGGGGAUUUCAAACACAUGGUGUAGUCCCUGACAUUGUUACCAUGGCAAAAGGAAUUGGUAAUGGCUUUCCAAUGGCAGCUGUUGUAACCACACCAGAGAUUGCAAAUUCCUUGGCUCAGAACCUUCAUUUUAACACAUUUGGAGGAAACCCUAUGGCCUGUGUAGUUGGAGCUGCAGUUCUUGAUGCUAUUGCAGAAGAUGGUCUACAAAAGAACAGUGAAGAAGUGGGGGCUUACAUGCUAUUGGAGUUUGCUAAACUGAGAGAGAAGUUUGAGAUCAUUGGAGAUGUCCGUGGCAGAGGCCUUAUGAUUGGGAUAGAAAUGGUGAAGAAUAAGGACAGUCGUCAACCUCUUCCAGAUGAAGAGAUGAGUCCGAUCUGGGAAGAUUGCAAAGACAUGGGAGUAUUGAUUGGCAGGGGUGGAAUUUAUAAUCAGACAUUUAGAGUUAAACCUCCACUGUGCAUUACUAAACAAGAUGCAGCCUUUGCAGUGGAAGUAUUUCAUGCUGCACUAAUGAGACAUUUGGAAAGAACAGCUGCAAAUUAGUCUCUGAACAAUCUUUCUCCUUACAGAGGAUGUUUGGUAACAGUUGAGACUCGCCCUCCAAGCCCUAAAAUCUUGCUACAACUACAGCUGGCAAAAAAUUUAUAGUAUGAAGAGAAGAUUGAUCUAAUUUUCCUAAACAUGCAACUCUUAAGAAUUUAAAUGUGAAAGAUUACCUUGACUCAGUUUGCUAUACCUGCAAGAAAUCAGUCUUAGUGUAAUGUUAAGAAAACAAUACCUAUUAACACAAAUCAAACGUUUUAAAAUUAGGCAGUGCUGUCUACCUAGUCUGAGACUAGGUUUCCUGCGCGUCACAGCAGCAAGUGAGAUUGGCUCGUGUAUUAAGGCUCGCACUACAUGAAAGGGCAUGCUGAAUAGUACAGCCUUUACAAUUAUAUCAUAUCAGGGAUAGUUCUUCCUUUCUUUAUGCCUGGCUGGUUUGCUCUUAGUAGCUGAAAUUCUGGAUGUAGUUUCUACAGUGACAGAGGGAGUGCUCUGUGUAAUCUUGCUCCAGUGACAUUUGCUUAGUAGCUAGUGCACUUCCUAACCAAGACGGGAGACCCCAUCACAGGACAAAAUACUUCGCUCCUGAAAAACACUUAGUGGAAAACUAUGCUACUAUUACACUCAUCAUAGGAAGUGAGGGGGAGGAGUGAAAUUCCUCCAGGGCAGAGUGGCAGGUGAAAGCUCUUCAAGCAGGGCCUUAGUGAAGGAAAGUUGUAUGCGUAGCCUGUAACAUGAGGAUGGAUUUUGUUUAGUAGUUAUAGAGGAAGAUACUUACUUAUUAAAAAAAAAAAGUGUAUAAUCAUUCUUCGGUGGGUUCUAAUCCAGUCUCCUGCCCACCCUCAACAGUGAUCUUUUCUCCUUUGACUGGUAGCAGCUCUCCCUCUUCACUCAAUACCAUCCCAGGCUGCUGACACAAGGUGCUAUGUUCCCCUCCUGUCAGCAGUAGAGAGCUCAUGGAUGUUAAAUAACCUUUUUUCCCUGUUCAGGUUAAAGACAGGAUUAACAAUUCAGCUGUUAAGUAUAAAUUACAACUAAUUAUUGUCAAUUCAGUUUACACAUGAGUUAAUUUCUUGGUCCAAUAAAAGGUAUCACACACUG